AUGUUCUCAAUGAUCCCUCGUCGGGCACUGAAGCCAUAUGCGGCUGAAUUUCUCGGCACAGCCCUGCUGAUCGUCAUCGGCGAUGGAGUUGUCGCUCAAUGCCUGCUGUCCGAUUAUAACUACGGCACCUGGUUGUCCAUCAACCUUGCCUGGGCCUCAGCUGUGGCCCUCUCGGGCUAUUUGUCUGAUCCCAGCCCGACAAUUAACCCGGCCGUGACUCUUUGUCUCGCUCUUGUGCGUCCAUCUGAAGGACAGUGGAAACAAAUCCCAGGCAAGCUAGCUGCGCAGUUCCUGGGCGGCUUUGUCGGUGCUGCGAUCGUAUAUACCAAUUACCGUUCGGCUAUCAAAGCUUGGGAUCCAGAAUAUACCAUUCCUGGCGGAUCAAUCCUGAGCCCGAUGGGUCACCAUUCAGCGGGUAUCUUCUCGACCUACCCGGGUGCCUUUUUCGAGUCGAACUGGGAGGCUGUAUUUUCUGAGAUGCUGGGCGCAGCUGUGUUGAUGUUUGGAUCUUGCUUCCUUUUGCUGCUGCUUAUGAUCGGAGCGGCAUUGGGUUGGCAAACCGGCUACGCCAUUAACCCAGCUAGAGACUUUGGUCCGAGAUUGUUCUCUGCUAUUGUCUAUGGCCGAGAGGUGUUUACGGCGGCCAACUACUAUUUCGUUGUGCCGCUCUUCGCCCCUAUUGUCGGCUGUGUCUUGGGUGCGGCGACUUAUGAUGCAAUGCUGUUCGAGGGAGAGGGAUCGCGCGUUACCGAUGCGCUGGACAAAGCCGAAGACCAUGGGUCCCUUCGACUCCAGUGA